AGUGCCUCAGGCAGCAACCCCACAACCCAAGGGCAGGGCAGGGUCCUCACACGCUCUCUUCUGUUUCCUUUCCCUUCCCUUCCCUUCCCUGGUGUUCCAACGCUGUGCUGUGCUGCGAGGCACUCCGCCUGCUCUGCCUUUGCCCCCUCAUCGUCACCAGUAACCCCACAACCCACCCCCCAUCUGCCUCUCUCGCUUUGUGGGUGUGUGUGGGUGUGUGUCUCUCUCUCUCUAUUUGGCUCUCAAACCCUGCCCCUCCCUCCCUCCCUUCUCUUCCCACCCACCUUGCGCUCUUAUCUAUUACCCCUCUUGCACUCUCUCUCACUCCCUUGCUCCUCUUUCCUCUCCCCCCCCCCCCCCUUCCCCCGCUAUCCCCACUCACUCACUCACUCACUCACUCUCUAGAUCCUCUCCUCUUUCUUUGCGGUUACCCUCCCCUCCUCUUUUUAUACUUUCUUGUGGAUGUCCCACAGCUAGACCUGUCCCUGUACCUGCUAAUCCUCUUCAAAUGCGACUCCAUCGGACGCUGAUACAUUUUUGUAGAGUUCAGAGCUGUUUUCUUCAAUGUAGAAAUUAGGACAUUUUGUAUAGAGUGUGUGAUCUUGCAGUAUCAGCUCCGCAGAUUAAGUUUAGGAGUGCAAAACUUUGUAUCUGUAGAGAUGAAUGGUGCGGUAGAAUGCAAGACGUGUGGUUCAAAGGCCAGGCCGGUUUCUGUUGCGUAUGAUCGACAGCGCAGCAGUAAACAAUCAAGGUGGAGAGCGCUCAAUGUCCUCCUUGUCAUGGGAGACUGCACUCUUAUUGGCCUUCAGCCAAUAUUGGUCUACAUAUCGAAAGUGGAUGGAAAGUUUCUCUUCAGUCCAGUGAGUGUGAACUUUCUUACAGAGCUUAUGAAGGUGGUGUUCGCCAUCGGCAUGAUAUUAUGGCAGGCUCGUCGACAACGACCAGGAGAAAGAUCAUUGCUUUCUCCAAGCGUCAUCUUAACAGCUGCAAGGAAAAACUAUCUCCUAGCUGUACCCGCAUGUUUGUAUGCCAUUAACAAUUAUUUGAAGUUCAUCAUGCAGCUAUACUUUAACCCUGCAACCGUGAAGAUGUUAAGUAAUUUAAAGGUUUUGGUAAUCGCGCUUCUGCUGAAGGCAAUCAUGAAGCGCCGCUUCUCUAUCAUGCAGUGGGAAGCUCUUACACUACUACUUAUAGGCAUUAGUGUGAAUCAACUUCAUACAACUCAGGAAGGCACUACUGCUCUUGCUGUUCCAAUCGCAUCAGUAGCUUACUUUUAUACUCUCGUUUUUGUGACAGUCCCCUCAUUGGCGUCUGUCUACAAUGAAUACGCUCUCAAAAGUCAGUUUGAUACUAGUGUUCACCUGCAGAAUUUUUUCUUGUAUGCAUAUGGAGCAAUAUUCAACUUUAUUGCAAUGCUGGCGUCUACAAUCUACCAAGGAGCUGGGGCAGGUGGCACAGGGUUCAAUAUUUUGGAGGGACACUCGAAGGCUACGAUGUUUUUGAUAGUUAAUAAUGCAGCUCAAGGAAUCCUUUCUUCGUUUUUUUACAAAUAUGCUGACACAAUUUUGAAGAAGUAUUCUUCAACGGUUGCUACUAUUUUUACGGGACUUGCUUCGGCUGCACUAUUUGGGCAUGCGCUUACCAUAAAUUUUGUUCUCGGGGUCACUAUCGUUUUUAUUUCCAUGCAUCAGUUUUUUUCUUCUGUUUCAAAGCCUCAAGUGGAAGAGACGAAUUACUUGCAUUUGGAGCCGAUGGGACGAAACCUUGACAAGAAAGAUUCGUCAUUGGAUGAUUUGGCCUCUGUUGCGCAUCAGGAAGGAAGUCAUACAAUAUCUGUUAGGACGGAGAGAGAGCCUCAUCUUCCCAAGUAAUGGAUGUUUGUGUUAGAAAUUAUUUUCUCUAUUUGAGCUCUCAGCAGAUGUAAGAGUACAAAAAACAUCAUUUCACUAGCUACGAACAUUCAUUGCGUACAAAUGGGUGUGCACUCAUUUGCCACCAUGCUGACUUGUUAUGUGUACAACAAUCCAAUGGUUCCUGUGGUGAUGAGCUGCACCAGAAUUAUGCUGGGGGCUUGCAUUUUUCUGUAAAUUCAACUUGAAACCUCAAAAAUUGGCACUGGUAGGUCCUUCAAUCAGAUUUAGAAACAUAGUUGUUUUGUAGGGUAGCCAUUCGGCAACAGAUUGCAGUUGUGAAAAGACGCAUGUCCCAGAGCUUGGCUCAAGAAAAUCUUUUCUGGAUUCACUGAUCCUUGCGUUUGUUAGCUCUGGAAUUCAUUCCUGGUUGUCUUUUCAUACA